CUCCAGUAUGUUUAUUAGCUAUCUAUGACUAUUGUUUAAUUCGACGGGAGACCUUAUGAGCGGUGUGUUGUGGUGCAAAUAGAAAUAUAUCUAUAUAGCGCUAUAAAACAUAAUUGUACAACUCCUUAGACCAGACAUUAAUUUUUUGAUAGCUGUCUUGUUAUGCACAUUACUCUUACAUGCUACAUGCAAGUAUUAGAAUAAGGUUAAUUGUAAUUAUUGUGGUUAGGUUAAGUCCCCAACCUAAGCAUUUAAACCCUGAAAUUUACGACCGGCUAGCUGUCUAAAAUUAUUUUACUCGAUUUUGCAGAAUUAUGGUUACUAAAUACUGCGCAAUUGUUUUGAUAUCUCUGUUCACUCAUCAUACAAUUCACGCUUUUUCUACAAGUAGUCUCGCACUCACGGAUUCACCCGACUUCACAAAGAAUGUCACAAUCAUAUCGACUCCUCAACAUGUUUUGGACAACAAGAAUGUCAAGAGACUUCUAGAUUCGGUGAAUAGAAUUAUUAAGAACAAAAAGAAAGUUGAAUUGGUGCCGAUAACUUUGAUGACAGUAUCUGCAGCCGAUCGACGUACGCGUCUUAAUAAUCACGAGUUUUCAUUGAAACCGGACUUUAGUAACGGCCGUUGUGACGACCCUCGUUUGGGAAUGACUAUUCUGAACUCAGCAUACGACAAAGUGACAAGACAACUAUUGGCGGUACAGAAAGAACUACAAAACCACGAAGAUGUGACGAUGAAAUUGUACAUGCUGAAGGGAAUGCUAAUGGAAGAGGGCUUGCGGUCCAAGAACAAGACAUACAUCUGGCCUGACCACCCGUCAGACUUGAAAACGUUUUACGAAACAGCAUUGCAGAUCUACGACGAUAAAUGGAACUAAAAAAAAUCAAAACCCAAACCGUUUUCGUAGACGAAUAAAACUAGUCGAUUACGGUAUUAAGGCACUGUGAA